AUGCUUUAUCUAUUUAUUUUUUGCUUGUGCUUCCAGAGUUUCCUUGGAGGUUUGUUUGGGCCGGUAUGUGAAAUAGAUGUUCUGCUGAAUGAUGCAGAGAACAGAAAGACCGCUGAGUUGAAGACAGAAGAUGGGAAAGUUGAGAAACACUACCUGUUCUAUGACGGAGAAUCUGUGUCUGGCAAGGUGAAUCUUAAUGUGAAACAGGGAGGCAAGCGGCUGGAGCAUCAGGGCAUCCGCAUCGAGUUUGUUGGACAGAUUGAGCUGUUUUCUGAUAAGAGCAACACCCAUGAGUUUGUGGACCUGGUAAAAGAGCUGGCUUUACCCGGAGAGCUCACCCAGAACAGAAGCUAUGACUUUGAGUUCAUGCAGGUGGAGAAGCCUUAUGAGUCCUACACUGGAGCCAAUGUCAGGCUAAGAUAUUUCCUCAGGGUGACAAUAGUCCGUCGUCUGUCUGAUUUGGUGAAAGAAUAUGAGUUGAUUGUCCACCAGUUAGCCACCUACCCAGAUGUUAACAACUCAAUCAAGAUGGAGGUCGGCAUCGAAGACUGUCUUCACAUUGAGUUUGAGUACAAUAAAUCCAAAUACCACCUGAAAGAUGUAAUUGUUGGGAAGAUUUACUUCUUGUUGGUUAGGAUCAAGAUCCAACAUAUGGAGCUACAGCUCAUCAAAAAGGAGAUAACGGGCAUAGGUCCCAGUACUACCACAGAGACAGAAACGGUUGCAAAGUAUGAAAUCAUGGAUGGUGCUCCAGUUAAAGGAGAGUCUAUUCCAAUCAGACUCUUCCUGGCUGGAUAUGACUUGACACCCACUAUGAGAGAUGUGAACAAGAAGUUUUCUGUGCGCUAUUUCCUUAAUCUGGUGCUGGUAGAUGAAGAAGACCGGAGAUACUUUAAACAGCAGGAGAUUGUUUUGUGGAGAAAAGCUCCAGAGAAGCUGAGAAAAAGAAACUUCCACCAACGCUACGAGUCCCCCGAGUCCCGAAGCCAGUCGGUCAGUGCGGAGCAGCCAGAGAUGUAA